UCGAUAUCCAACAAUUGCAAAGUGAAAAUAAACAUGAUUGGAAAAUCGGGAGUGUUAUCUUUGAAGCAUCAGUUUACAUGGAGUUUGUUAAAGAGGACACUGUCUUCCACGCGGCGGUCUGUUCUGGAGGGGUACGAUAAAACCCAGGUGGGACUAAUGAAGGAAGAGUGUAUCCUUACAGACAGGAAUGACAACGUCGCGGGAAAAGCCUCCAAAAAAACAUGCCAUUUAAUGGAGAACAUAAACAAAGGUAUGCUACAUCGGGCUUUUAGUGUAUUUCUCUUCAACACACAGGGUAAUCUCCUCUUACAACAGCGAUCUGAUGCCAAAAUUACAUUUCCAGGUCAUUUUACAAAUACCUGCUGUAGUCACCCUCUUUACACACCUUUGGAACUAGAAGACUGUGAGGCAUCGGGAGUUAAAAGAGCAGCUCAGAGAAAACUCCAACAUGAGCUGGGGAUCAGUCCAAAUUCACUCUCAACAGAAGACCUCAAGUUUGUGACCCGGGUCCAUUACCAGGCAGAGAACGCCCCGGACCCGGGGGUGUGGGGUGAACACGAGAUAGACUACAUACUCAUAGCCCAGAAAGACGUGACCGUUACUGCCAAUCCUAACGAGGUCAAAAGUCACAUGUAUGUAGACAGGCAGCAAUUACUGCAGAUGAUGGAUAAAUCUAUGACAGGUGAUAUUUUAAUUACCCCAUGGUUUAGAUUGAUUUUGGACAAAUUUCUAAUGAGCUGGUGGGAUAAUUUAUCUGACAUUGAACAACAUAAAGACAAUCUUAUACAUAGAUUGUGUGAUAAAUGAGAAUAAAAUGUCAAUGCCAAAUAUUCUUCCUUCAUUGAUCGUUAUAAAAAUGUGCAAUAAAAAAUUCUGUGUCACAGUGUGCAUUUA